UCGUUAGUGAGACGUGUUUCGUGUUCGGUCGUUACUCGGACUAACAGCUUUUUGAAUUUUAUUUGUUUAAACUCCCUCUCUCUUACUCUAAAUAAAAUCAAAUCACUAAAAUAAGUUUAACAUUACAAGAAAAAAACAGAAACUAAUAAAUAGCAGCAGAGAAAACACUUUGAGCGUUUUUUUUUGUCCAAACACAAUAGAAAGAGGAAUGCGGACUAGAGAAAAUGGAAAAAAAAAAUAAAUAAAGUGAAAAAUAAUGAAUAUCAAUGAGAAGAACUUGCAAUUUGUUCGGUUCAGUUUGUCGCGAAGACCAAGUGUAAACUCUGAAGCGCACAAAUAAAAAUGUUGAACUUUUUCUAAAUGCAGAGAUGCAGUUCAAUCAAUUGGUAAUGGAUGACAAAUCAAACUUUUGUGGUUAAACUCAAAACCGAAGCACCACAAAUAGAAAUCUGAUGAUGAGUUAUUGUUAUUGAAACAGAGUUUCUCGUUUUCUCGAAUCAAAUAGCCGCAGAGAGUCGGAAUAACUCAUUCGCGAAAAGAGGAACGCAGAAGCAAAUUCAAAAGGAAAUAAUGGGAAUAAGGAAUAAAGUGAGUGACAAAAGUGAAUGUGUGUGUACAACAAAAACGUAUGCAAGACAACCAAAGCCCCAAACAAAAUAAGUAGAAUAACAACAACGGCAAAAUCUGUGGCGGUGUUAAGAAGCAAAUUUACUUUAAAUAUUUUUGAAAAAAAAAAAUAGACGCCACACAUCGUUUUUAUUGUCAUCAUCAUUAUCACCAUCAUCAUUAAUAUCAUUGUCCACAUCUUUGCCUUACGAAAAGUGUUCGCUCUUAGCCGGAGCUUUAAAAGUCAAAGCUUAAGCACCGAGCAAUCGACAUUUAGAAACGUAUAAACAAAGCUUGUUAAUAAUUUUUGUGAUUUCGUUCGUCUGCAACGCAAAGUUCUCAAAACCAGUCAAACAAGUAAACUGAGAAGCAAAAACAAAAAAAAAUUAAAUUAAAACAAAACAAAAAAUACCCAACCCGCCAGCGAACACACAAAAUCACAGGCAAGCAAGGCCUCCGACUGUAUAGCAGCACAACCCAUUUUUGUCAGCAGCAGCAAACAACAAUAAACAGUGCUUUAAGCCGUGUCUUUGGAGGCGAAAUAUACCCUCCCUACCUCCACUGCUCCCUCCCUACAUUUUCCCCACGAGCGGGAGUGAAUUUUGCUCUUCGACGCCCACUUUAACAGCCAGUCUAUCUGCCCCUUCCCCAAAGCACAAACAUUGAUACACAAAUGCAUUGUCGUUUCAUGUAAACUCUGCAUUCUUUUUACAUUGAGUCCUGAAAGUUUUGCAAAAUCUCCCAUUCUUCCGUUUUCUGGUUUCGCUGCACCCCGCGCAACCUCAACUUCCUGGAAAAUUGCCAAACUCCAACGGCCAACACAAAGAGGAAUAGUUGGCGUUUUGGUUAAAAGUGGCAUUUUAUACUGAAGGCGCAGAACGUCGUUGGGUGCGACAGGCUGUUAUGGGGGUACUAAGAUGGCGCGAUCCCGGAUCGCGUAUAUCUGUCGGCGGCAACAGUCACAAUGCCAGCAACACCAAUCAUACGAACAACAAUAAUAACCGAGUUGAGACACAUCACCGCUCUUCCAAUGAGGAACGUGUGCCCAACCCACAUUCGGCACAUGAUAUCAGCCACAGCAUAGGACACUCAUCUCAUCAUGGCACACAUCACAGUCUGCAGCAUUCUGGCCGCGCAACCUUGCGACAUUCCAUAUCGGCUACGUCGAGUAGCACCCCUGCAUCGCCUCAAUUGAGUGGAAUCAUAACAGCAUCGGGGGGUCAGCUACUGUCCAAUGGUCACCAUUACCAAUCACAGUCAUCGUCACAAUCGUCUAUUGUGUCGACUAUACCAGCCUCGCAAAGGCUGCUGGAAGACGUUCUAUCCAAGGGUGAUCCUUAUCCUAUGAUUGUGUUACCUGCCAGUGGUUACUGGGUGGAUGGUACUGAGCAUGAGUGCACAUACGAUUCACGUGGCGCCCCAAUACUGCCACAAACAACAUGGAUGGCAAAAUUUGAAACAGACGAUACGGCUAAAUGCUAUCGGCGUUUCUAUGCUGGCCGAGAGCACUCGAAUUUGGUGGGACACGACGAACUGCUGGGUCCUGUACUGAUUUCGAUUAAAUCGGAGAAUGUCGCCAACCAAGAGCACAUUCGCAUCCUGUUGCGCCUAAAGACGGGCACUAUGCAUGAGCUAAUACCAAUGUCCUGCGUGGCCCCCCAUCCCAGCCCCAAUAAGAUGGUUCGAUUGCUGAAGGACAAUGUCAACGUUGACAGUUUCAUGCCCGUAUUGUGCCCAAAAGCCUCCCAACUGAUUGGUGUCUACGACGAACAUGUUCUAGUAUCCAAUUUCAAAUUCGGCGUUUUAUACCAAAGAUAUGGCCAAACCACCGAGGAAGAGCUCUUCAGUAAUAACAAAUCCUCGCCUGCCUUUGAGGAGUUCCUCGACGUGUUGGGCCAGCGCAUCAGGCUGAAAGACCACAAGGGAUAUCGCGGUGGCUUGGAUAUACAAAAUGGCCAUACCGGAGAUACUGCCAUCUAUGAAGUGUUCAAAGAGCGAGAAGUUAUUUUUCACGUUUCCACCAUGCUGCCCCACACGGAGGGUGAUCCGCAACAAUUGCAACGCAAACGACACAUUGGCAAUGACAUCGUGGCCAUUGUUUUCCAAGAAUCGAAUACACCAUUCUCGCCAGACAUGAUAGCCAGCCACUUCCUGCACGCUUUCAUUGUUAUUCAACCGCUAGAGCCCAACACCCCGAAUACCCGUUACAAAGUAAGUGUAACGGCACGCGAUGACGUACCUUUCUUCGGGCCGACGUUGCCAAACCCCGCUGUGUUCCGCAAGGGCCAGGAAUUUAAGGAAUUCAUUUUGACGAAAUUGAUCAACGCAGAGAACGCCUGCUACAAAGCGGAGAAAUUUGCUAAACUAGAACUAAGGACUCGAACGUCUCUUUUACAAAAUCUGGUUGAUGAGCUGAAAGAGAAGACUAGAGAAUUUCUGGGAGCAGAUCUUUCCGGCACUGUUGCUGUCAGUCCCAUACCGGAAACGCCAAAGGCGGACACUACCACGGCGGGAUCGCGUUUUAUUGACACCGUCAAAAAAGCUUUGAUUUCUCGCGUACGUUCGCAAAGCGUGGACACCAGUAAUAUCGCAAACGGAGAGAAGUUCUGUGUAUCAACCAAAAUGAAUACAUCCGCUACCAGCACUCAUUCGAAGAAAGAUACGAGUCUAACUGAAACGCCUAACCUAAACACUUGUAGUCGAACUACUUCCUCAAAGUCUUCUUCGAAAUCCAAGUCGUCAAACGAAUCAACAUCGUCGUCUCCCGACAUCACUUCGCGUGGUCCUUUACAGAAUGGCAACGGCAGUGCUAGCGCCAAUAACAACAAUGGCCACUGUGCAGGCAAGGACAUGCAAAAUGGGAAUAAUUCCGCAACAAACGUUCCGAACUCCAAUGCUGGUGUAGGUGCUGCAGCUGGCGGAGCAGCUACCAUGUCAGAGACUAGUGACGAUUCCAGUCUCAAUAGUGUAGAUCUCGAUCCAAUGAUGGCUCAUUUGGACGGUGGCGCUGCGUACAUCGACAGUGAUACUGGCCUGGAAUCGAUGUCCUCCGCCGAAGCUAAUACCAAGGCGUGUUCGCUAUGCUUAGAUGGCUCGCAGACUAUUAUGGGUUCGUCGCCCAGCAAUGAGACAAUAGUUGUAAUUGAGAAUCUGAGACAGGAGGUUACACGCCUUAAGUGCGACAAAUUGGAUUUGUUGCGCCAGAAUGUGACCUGUCAACGCGACAUCAAACGCUACCGGGAACGAGAACUUUCACUGCAGGGAGAUCUGGCGGCCGCUGGCAAAGAAAUCCUACGCUUGCGAGAUCUACUCAAGGAAUACGUGCCGGAAGUGGCUGCAUCUCCCCUCUCCAUUUCACCCAUUUAAAAGAGGCCGUUGACACAACGAACUGUUCUACAGCAAGAAUUUUGAAUUACGUUAAAAUCGAAGUUUGCAAAGCAAAUCAUUAUUACAAAACCAAUAACCAAUUGUGCCGUGUAAAACACUUGCUAACCCCGAAUAAUGCUAAGCGCUUAAUGCAAAAUACACCUGUGAAUAUUUCUUGAAGAAGCGAUCUCUCGAGCAGCCGCUACAAACAAUCGUUCGACGAGUGGAUGCGUUCAAAUUCAUUCACAGCGAAUGCAAAAACAAACGAACAGAAAUGAAAUGAAAUGAAAUGUAGCCCCUUUGACCUUCGCGCGUGCCCUAGCACAAUAUGGAGCGGCGGCGAUGGCGACGACGAUGAACUAACCUUUGUCCCCCUGUCUUCAAACUCACACCAACACAAAUAUUUACACCAAAAAGUAAACUUAAGUAUAUACUUUUAGAUAUUAGAAAAACCACCCACAACACCACCCUCGGCAAGAUUGGAAGAUACGAACUUCGUCUCCCUAUUUGUACAUUAAGAUACGAAACCAAUCCAUCAAUCUCGCAGCAAGCUCCAACAAUCACAUUUGGCAUUAUCGCGACGAUUAUCAUCAGCUUAGAAACCUAUAGGGAUUAUGGUACAACCAUUUUUGUUAACCACAAUAAAGUAGUAGAUCAUAAAAAGUAAUCGAAUCGAAAUCGAAAAUGUUAUCGAAAUGAGCUUGUAGUGAAAUGGAAAAUAACAAACAAUUUAUUAAUUCAGUAUUUAUUUAAUAAUUAUUUAGAAAGUAUGAAACAUGUUCGUAGCACUGCGAAAACACCACACCGAGACACACUGCUCACCGUGCCAAACGUUGUGAAUACGUAUCCACUUCUUGGUCACAGGCCAUUAUAGAUUUGAUAAAAAAAGGUAUCCCCCCCAAAAAAAAAGAGUAUAUAACAGCAAUAAAAAAUGUCCCUGGCCCGAAAACCCAGGCGAGCCAUACCUUGCUGCAGACUUCUAAAAUGCGAGGUUCCCUGCCUACAAUUGGCUUUUCUCUCGCCAUGAAUCUCCUUAACAAGAACUGUCUUUCGUAUAUUUUUUUGUGCUUCGCCGUUCUUAGUUUACAGCAAUGUCUAUUCAUUGGUCCUUAAAUAGAUGCAGGUACAAGAGGCAUUGGACAAGCCGUUCAACUUUAAACAAAACAAAUUGUAUCCUAAACUCCUUAAAUUUCCAUGCUCUUUUAUUCAAUUCAAAUCGGGGCCAUCCAAACUCAAUGUUUUCUUGGGCCGUGGGGCCAAACCUUCCGUUAUUCACCACAUGAAAACCGGCUGUUUAGUGUGUCCAAGGUGUCGCAAUGAAAUCACAAAACACAAAAAGUAGAGAAUCAUUAUACCAAAUAAUAACAGUAGUAUGUGACAUCAACCUGUAUGAACCGAUCAUUCAUAUUUGUAUCACUCCCCCCAAACGCCCACUUAAAGUUCCCCUCAUCAACGGGAACCUACCACCAACAAAUUCACUAUAAAAAGCACAGCACAGACUUUGCAACUACAGAGAACUGUUCACAUCCACUCCGUUUCUCCCGCUCCUUGUACAUAAGUAUUCUCUAUUUUUUAUCUUUAACCUUUUUUAAGUAAUUUUAUAAUUAUUUAUAUCUCUUAGGCAAUGGACACUGGAUCUAUUGCCGUAUUUACAUAAAUAUAUACAUACAUAUACACACACAUACAAACAUAAAUAGAAAUCAAAAUGCAAAUGUU